AUGGCAAAAUUGAUGAAGAAGGAUGCUGAAGCUCCUUUGUGUUUUGAGAGCACCUCUGCCUUGGCCUCUCAUUCUUGGGUUAGCAAGAAUCUGAGCCGUUCGUUCCCAUCCAGUAAAGUGAGAAAUAGUUCAGUGAAAUGGGUAGACUGGAUCGACAGACUCCUUCCAAGAUAUGGAGCUCACUGGAAGAGGGCUGGCAUAUAUGAUGCCAUACUUCUGUCUAAGCAUUCCAUCAAUAGAGAUGAGAACCUCCUGACUGCUGCUCUAUGUUUCUGGAAUUCUGCCAGUAAUACAUUUGACUUCCGUGUUGGCCCCAUGGCUCCAACUCUGCUGGAUAUGGUGCAAAUCUUUGGGUUCAGGCCCCAUGGAAGACUUGUGGAUGCAGUAGGAGAUUACCAUAGAAGAAAGAACCAGGAGAAACUAGCCAAGCCUUUCACUAUCUCUCCAGCUCUUAUCAACCAGAACUGCUCCUUCUCCAACUACUUGAGGAAGUUCAGUGCUGAGAAGGACAAGGACCAACAACACAUGUUGUUCCUCCUGUACUGGCUGAAUAGGUUUGUUUUCCCAAAUCGUUCCUCAGCAGUUCUGCUUGAGUACAGACACUUGGCAGAGGCCUUACACAAUCAUACUGACGUCGGACUUGGGCCUACUGUUCUGGCCCAUUUGUUCAAGAAUCUGCACACUACCACCUUGGAGAAUCCUCUCAAUCUGUCUGCCCCCGGCGCGUUCUGGAUGAUCCAAAUCUGGCUGCAAGUUUAUUUCCUAGAACUGAGGUUUCCGGAUAUAGUUAUGCUUGAAGACCAAGUUCUGGCCCUACCUUUAAUGUCAGCAAAAGUGCCCAAGAGAUCGAUUGAUGAGUACCUGAUGCUCUUCAGACAUUGUACUAAGAGGUCUGCAGCGCAGUGGCAGGUGGUGAUCAGAAGGACAUACCUUUGGUUCCAGCCUGGAUACCGGCUUUUUGAGAAAGAACCGGAAGAGGAGGUAGCCAGAACUGAUUUCAGGAAGAAGUUCCUGAGUGUUACCUUGCCCAGGGAUCUGCCUCAUGGAAGGGGAAAACCUCCAAAUUAUCAUUUGGGGGCAGAAGUCUACCAUCCCAACUUCUGUGCAAGGCAACUUGGCUGCCCUCAGCUCAUUCCACUCAAAUCUUAUAGAAGUUGCAAUCGGGGCACUUCCUGGAGAGAUGUAGAUGACCUGGAGGUGCACAAGGAUGCAAGGUGUGCAGUAAAUAAGAUCAACAAUAGUGCAGAUGCCCUUUAUCCUUCAUGGGAACCGAAUUCCUACAGUUCUGCCGAGUUUGACGCUUGGUGGAAGGUUAGAUUCCGUGAUCUGCCUGCUUCUAGUACCGCACUUCAAGUCCUUUUUAAGGGUUGGGACAACUGGACUGUCCACAUAGAAGAGGAGACUCACAAAUUCAUGGUGCAGACCAUCAAAGACAUCAGUAUGCAAGUUAUAGAAGCCAAUCUGCCCAGAGUUGAGAGGUGUUUGUUAACUCUGUUAUUGCUGUUGGGGAUCUGGAGUUACCUUCCGGGGAUGGAGAAGAAGAAGAAGAAGAAGGCCAGGCAUAACAGACUCCUGUUGAGGCCACUUCUUUUGUUAGAAGAAAGAGAAAAGAAACUGCCCAACUUUCCCUUUCCUCCCCCUACUAAGUCAAAAAGACUUAGAAAGAGGAUUGUAGAAGAAUAUGCGGCCCCGGAGGGGACUGGAGCAGUUCCCACUGCUACUUCUGACACGGAUAAAGAGCUGAGAGAGGCUUUUGAGGCUGUGGACCAAGAGAAGGAGCUGGAAGAGCUGGAAGAAGUAGGAGAGUGGCCUCAGGAUAAGGCCAAGACAGUGGAAGAAGAGGAGGAAAUCCAUGCCGAGGUGAUAGCAGAGAGCAUUGCCUUGGCUCAGAAGGAACAAGAGCAACAGAAAGACAUAGGGGCAGGGCUGACUAGCUCAGAGUUGGCCCUGUUUGAGGAUCCAGAGGCAGAACAUUCUACUGCUGUUCCAGCAGCUGGGGAACAAUCAGAACAAUCUGCAUCCGAGCCUGUGGAGCAAGCAGAUUUACCUGUUGGAGCCCCAGAAAGUGUAGUGAAAGUGGUUGCGACUGCCCCUGAAGUAGAAGUGCCUGGGUCUGCUGGCCUUCUGUUAGUGAUGACUAGUCCUUUGAAGCCUUCUAUGCCUAUUCAUUCCCUUCCAGGUUCAUCUACCACGGCCUCCUUUGCUGAUCCAGAACUGGCAGAGUUUGAAGCUAUGGACUUAGAUGCCCAGCUAGACAGAUUGGAGAUGCUCAGCUCUCCUAUAGGCAAGGCAAAAUCCAAGGCAGUGGAGGAGGCUAUGGAGAGGCUGAAGAUCUGGCAGUCUACUGAAUUGGAGCUGGAUGAGGAUAGGGAAGCCAUUGACCAGUUGAUGAAGGAUCUGGACCUGGAUGUGCUCAACCUUCACGACCGUUAUGAGGAUCUCAAGCCCAUCUUCAAAACCUAUGAGUUCUGCAAGGCCACUCAUGAAGCCAACUUGGCUGAUUUUGCAAAGCAGAAGGCAGAACUGGAUCAGAUGGUGGCGGGGUAUAAGGAAGCCAAAGCCACUGCAGACAAAUUGGAGAAGCAGAUUGCAGAGCUUCAAAAGCAGCUGGCAGAGUGCAGGGAAGUGCAGAACAGGCUCGGGGCUGGACUGAGCUCCAAGACUAAGGCUACCUUCCUUGUGCAAAGCACAGUUGCAGCUUCUAAGCCAGCCUUGGAGAUUGCAGAGGCUUCAAUCCAUCAGGGGGUGCUGCUUCAAAAAGAACUUUCCAUUAAAAAGACCAACUUGCAAGAAACUCUCAAGAAAUUAGGAUUUUGA